AUUUUCUGUAAAAUAUGCUCAUUUCAGAGACUAGAUGUUAGCCUAGGUAUGGUGGUAAACAAACCAUAAUCAAUAUUUCGGUGAAUAUGGGAUUUAUGACUCAAUAGACAUACCUGUCUACAGCGAACCGAGGCAUAACUGUUCGUGGAUAUAAAUAGUGUCACAUGCAAACGUGCACAUUAAUUGCUGGCAGCCAUUAAGCUACAUACCUUGACGGACCUGAUUGUACAUGGCAUAUGUAUACUAACUAAUGUGUUUUGUAUGUUGUACAGUCGUGACCAUGUCGUCCACAGUGGAGUUGGUAGACCGAAGUGGUCAGAGUUUCAUAGUCAAUAGCGUUGAUGGAUAUUACUUUCAUCGGGGCUCAACGCCUAUUCCGUUCUGCCAACAUCUGGAUAGCAUUAAAGAUAUGACAAUGCGCCAGGAUGAUGUCAUGAUCUGCUCAUACCCCAAGUCGGGUUUACACUGGCUGUGGGAAGUUGUCAACAUGAUAGCACAUGAAGAUCUGAAUCACCGCAGUCACAUAGAAAACAUGAAUCAGCCAGAUUUCAGAGCCGCCAGCGAGCUUGAUCAGGUUCCAUCUCCCAGGGUCCUCAGCAGCCACCUUCGCUUCCGGUUCCUCCCUUGUCAGCUCAGUACUACCAAAACAAAGAUUAUCCUGCUUGAGCGAGAACCCAAGUCUGUGGCAGUGUCGUUCUACAACAUGACAGUUGGGAUGAAGGGGGUUGAAGGCUAUAGUGGUCUUGUGAGUGUGAAGGAGUAUGACGGAAGCUGGGAGGACUAUCUUCAGAUGUUCCUGGAAGGAAAAGAACGCCACUGAACGCUCAAAGGAUGCACGACGAACGCAGAGAGAAGGCAGAACCAUCGCCAUGAAGGCAGAAAGAAGGCAGUGCCAACGCCAGGACCGUCUCAGAACGCCACUGUAGUGGCGACUGUAUUGAACAUGCUCAAAACAAACGCAG